AUGUCGCAGCGAUUCAACCUUGUCGAGGGGAGGAGAAGCGUCGCCUCUUACUUCGAACCUGCUCCCGGGCUGGGCUUCAGCGAGUCGGAGGAGUCCGAGGAAGAGGACAUGUGGCAGCAUCGUUGGGUCUCCUCAGGCGUCCAUGAAGUGAAGCCGAGGAAGAGCACAGGAGAGUCGCGCGUCCUACAGGCUGAUUUCGAGUAUGUAAGUGCAAAGCGGCAGCAGGAAGACAAAGUCAUACUCCGCGGGGGAAGGAAAGGACGCAGAGACGAAGAAAUGCAGAAGAAGAGGAGGAGGCAGGGUCUUCUUGCCGUGGGCUUCUUAGGAUUUAUCAAGAACUGGGAAAAUUCGAUCGUGGAGGAGUAUGACCUGGCGGAAGAGAAAGAUAAACUCGAUUGUGACCCCAAAGACUCAGAUGAGAUUCGAGCAGCUCAAGCUCAGAUCCAGCUACAUGAGCACGACCUUCUAGUGAAGGAGCAGCAAAUGCUCAGGACGCAGCUCAAGUUUCUGCAGGAGCAAGCACUGAUUCAGCAAGAAGCUCAGUUCCUGCAGGCUCAGCAGAGCAUGCAGGAGCGAGUCGCAGCUGAACAAGAAAAGAAGCGAGCAGAACUGCAGACUCUGAACAGAGUCAAAGAUGCGUUCAUGUCCACUGAAGAAGAGAUAGAGAUGUUGAAGGCCAGAAACCUAAUGGAAGGAAAAACGGGAAGGAAGGAGGCAAAGGAGGAGGACAGCAAGCCCAAGGCCCAGACAAACAGGUUGCUCGGAACACCCGCGACGACUAAGAACAUCAAGAGCUUCAUGGCUAUGACAGAUGAAGAGAGGAAGAAGUCGAUAGAGAAGAAGAUCAACUCUGCUACCAGUGGAUCCAACAAGACCAGCGAAGAGUUGUGGGCAAAAGCCAUCACAAGUGUGCAGAAUGAUGUAGGAGUGAAGGCUACGAUACAGCAACUCGUUGAGCUCCGGUGGUACGAAAGUGUCGAUCAGUCCCCGAUAGAGUUUCGUUUCGUGAAGAGGAACAAUCAUGUGCUGGGGCAGUGGAAGAACGGGAAGCUUAGCUGUUUCGUGACGGACGGCGGCAAGAAUGUGCAGGGAGCCUGGAGCAUGAACAACGAGAUUGGAGAGUUUGUUCUGACCAGGGGGAGAGACUCUCUGUGCUUCCGUGGUUUCUUCCUCAAGGACGGAAUCGUCCGUUCCUUCUACUCCUGGAAUCAGCCGCCUGCAAAUGCUGACAUGCGCCCGAUCUUGACAGAGGACAAGCUGGCAAGCUUGCUGAUGGUGUUGGAAAUGGCGGUGAAGAGCGGCAUUGGAUCCCGCAAUGAAGAGCUGAGUCGGGGGGACAAGUUGCGCUAUCAAGAUCUCUUCCUUUGUUUGCAGUCAAAUCCAGACCUUGCCAACUCCCUCCAGCUUCCUACCAUCUCGUUACAGAACCAGUCUAGGAUGGACAAGAUGUUUGAAGCAGAGAAGAACGACAACAAGAAAGACAAGAUCCGACAUCCUAUGCCGAGUGAGGGAGUUCAGAGUGUCGUCUCCACCAUCGGCUUCAACAGCAAGUUUGCAACGCGAACUAUUGAGUUUGACUCCAGUCGCAAGUUUGCUUAUCCAACAUCAUCUGCAGCUGCUGGAUCUUCUCAGAGUGAUGCUUCAUAUUCUCAGUGUUCUGUCACUUACCUGCCAUGGGCAGACGAGAAUCGAUUUUUCAACAAACAGCUGGAGGAGGAAGCUUUGACCCUCGAGAAGCAGGCUGAGGAGAUGCGGAAGGAAGCAAAGAAACAGAUAGAAAUGAUGGAAGAGCAAUCAAGAUUACUCCGCAGGGCCGCACAAGCAGAAGCAGAGGCCUAUGACGCACGAAUGAUCGCAGUUGAAGCACAGCGAGAGACUGCAAGGCUUGAACAGGAAAACAAGUUGAAAGAUUUGAUGCAAGUGGAAGAGCAGUGGCAACAAGUUCAGAUGCUUUCGGUGUCAGUCGUACCUACGGUGGUGAUUCAGGAAACGUAG